AUGAUCCUCUUCGAGACUAACACCUCAGUCUUCGAGAUAUUAUGGGACAUCGCCCUCGCGCUCUUCAUAAUACGCAUCGCCUUCGUCUACUUCCUCCUCUCCUUCAUAAGCGGCGCCAUCGUAGUCUAUUUCCGGAUCGCCGAGAUAACGCCCCUGCACCACCUAACGCAACCCCAAUCCGAUCUCACAACCUUCUCGAUAUGGCUCAUUGCCAUCACCCUGUGGGCGCGUUACUCAACCGUCGCCUACCAGGUACCCAGAGUGGGAGGCUUCAGGCUGGCGAUUGGGGCGUUGGCGACGGUGUUUAUGCUAUGUGCGGAGCUGGUAGGCGGAGUGGUGCUGUAUGAGAAGGGGUAUGUGGCUUGGACUUGUCAGACUGAUUUGCUGGCUGCGGGGCUGGGUGUUGGAAGCCUAGGGGUGUAUGGGCUUAUGCCGUGGCUGCUUAUGAAGGUGGAGCAGGAGUCGGAUGAGAUGGGAGAGACGUAUCAUGGGCAUGAGAAGAAGCCGAUUGUGGCUGCGGUGCCAACAGUCGCGUUGACGGAGAAAUCGAAACAGAAUGGAAAGAAGCACAUUUGA